CUGAAGAAUCGCUGGAACCUAGAGCAAAAACCCUAAUUAAGGGAUAACAAUGGUGACAGACGUGCAGCUGGCCAUAUUUGCCAACAUGCUUGGCGUGUCAUUAUUCCUGCUGGUUGUGUUAUAUCACUACGUCGCUGUCAAUAACCCCAAGAAGCAGGAGUAGAGACCCCAGUAUGUUUGGAGAGGAGAGAUGGGAAUCAAAGACCACCACCUUGAAAACAACAUUCUCAGUCUUCCCAUCCUCUUUCCAAGACACAAAUUUCUAUGUUGUCAUGAUUGCACAGUAAUUUUUUUUUCUAAUAAAAUGCGUUAAGUAAAUUUG